AUCAGAUUUUACCCGAGGAGUACUCAAAAAGGUUUAUUACUGUAUAUACUGUGCAUUCAACUUUGAUGAAAUAAAGCGAAACGGAAGCAACAUUAAAUCAUAACAAAAAAAAAAAGAAAAACGAUUUGUUUUUUCUAAAUACAAGUCCACGGUGAGAAAUUAAAUAUAUUCCAAACUAAUAAAAAUGUCCGUGCGACCGAAGUUUGCUGGUACUGGCCUAGAGGAAGUCAAUAUUCCAGGGCAAGCAUAUCUCCGAGAAGCGCUUACAUCAUGCACCGAUCCUCUAAAGGCGAUUGAAAGCUUUCAGCUGGAAAAUGGUGUGCUUUUACCGUCUUUGCGGCCGAUGUUGCCACUUUUGGAUUUGCAUGGUGUGCGGCGUCUGGAUUUUCACACUUCGCUCAUGGAGGAGUUGCGGGAAAAGCUGAUUGCACAUAUUAAUGAGUUGGGGCAAAAGGAUCCGCGUGAGCGUGACAAAAAAUUGAAGGAAUUGUUGGUAAAGAGUUUUCCCGUUGUCAGGGUUAAAGCGCUUCGACCAGUAGUAAUGGCGAUUUUACGAAAUACCCAACAUAUUGAUGACAAAUAUUUGCGAAUUUUAGUACGCGAUCGAGAACUCUAUUCGGAUACAGACACGGAAGUAAAAAGACAGAUUUGGCGCGACAAUCAAUCUCUAUUCGGUGACGAAGUUUCGCCACUUUUAUCACAGUACAUUCGUGAGAAAGAACAUGUGCUAUUCGAUCAUACAAAUUUAAACAAUCUUUUCUUUCACCCAUCGCCAAAGGUGCGGCGACAGGGUGAAGUAGUGCAAAAGUUGGCGAAUAUGAUAGGGCAGAGUGUGAAACUAUACGACAUGGUAUUACAAUUUUUACGCACCUUGUUCUUACGAACCCGCAACGUUCAUUAUUGUACUCUUCGUGCCGAGUUGUUGAUGGCACUUCACGAUUUGGAGGUUCAGGAAAUAAUUUCCGUGGAUCCAUGUCAUAAAUUUACUUGGUGCUUGGAUGCUUGCAUUCGUGAGAAGAAUGUUGACAUAAAAAGAUCUCGCGAACUGCAAGGUUUUUUAGACAACAUAAAACGUGGACAAGAGCAGGUUUUGGGCGAUUUAUCGAUGACGUUAUGCGACCCAUAUGCUAUCAAUUUUUUAGCCACGUCAGCAAUUAAAAUUUUACAACAUUUAAUUAAUAACGAAGGACUGCCUCGCGAUAAUACCAUUCUCAUCUUAUUGCUGCGUAUGCUCGCCUUGGGAUUGAGUGCGUGGGUAAUGAUUGAUUCCCAAGAUUUUAAGGAACCAAAACUUGACUGCCAGGUUGUUACAAAGUUUUUACCUGCGCUAAUGUCACUUAUGGUGGAUGAUCAAUGUCGUAGUUUGCAUUCGAAAUUACCUCCAGACGAGCGUGAAUCGGCACUUUGCACGAUUGAGCACUCGGGGCCUGCACCAGAUGCCGUUGAGGCGUAUAUUCAGGAGAGUUCUGUAGCCAGCAUAUUGGCGAUGUAUUACACUUUGCACACGGCACGCCUGAAAGAUCGUGUUGGCGUACUGCGCGUUUUAGCAAUAUUGUCUGCUUGCAAGGAUGACCGUGCCUACGAAGAUCCAUUCCUACAUUCACUU